GGGGCUACACCCAGCCAGGGAGUCUCCAGAGGUGAGGCUGCUGUUUAAAAACUUGGAGCCAGGAGGGGAGACCCCCACAUUCAAGAGGAGCUUUCAGAAGAUCUGGAGAAAGAACGGCAGAACACACAGCGAGGUAAGGUCCUCUCUGGGGCUCACCCCAUUGGCUGAAGAUGAGACCACUCUUCCUCUUGUGUUUUGCCUUGCCUGGCCUCCUGCAUGCCCAGCAAGCCUGCUCCCGUGGGGCCUGUUAUCCACCUGUCGGGGACCUGCUUGUUGGGAGGACCCGGUUUCUCCAAGCUUCAUCUACCUGUGGACUGACCAAGCCUGAGACCUACUGCACCCAGUAUGGCGAGUGGCAGAUGAAAUGCUGCAAGUGUGACUCCAGGCAGCCUCACAACUACAACAGUCACCGAGUAGAGAACGUGGUUUCAUCCUCUGGCCCCAUGCGCUGGUGGCAGUCACAGAAUGAUGUGAGCCCUGUCUCUCUGCAGCUGGACCUGGACAGGAAAUUCCAGCUUCAGGAUGUCAUGAUGGAGUUCAAGGGGCCCAUGCCCGCCGGCAUGCUGAUUGAGCGCUCCUCGGACUUCGGUAAGACCUGGCGAGUGUACCAGUACCUGGCUGCUGACUGUGCCGCCGCCUUCCCUCGGGUCCGCCAGGGCCGACCCCAGAGCUGGCAGGAUGUUCGGUGCCAGUCCCUGCCCCAGAGGCCUAAUGCGCGCCUAAAUGGGGGGAAGGUCCAAUUUAACCUUAUGGAUUUAGCAUCUGGGAUUCCAGCAACUCCAAGUCAAAAAAUUCAAGAGCUGGGGGAAAUCACAAACUUGAGAGUCAACUUCACCAGAUUGGCCCGUGUGCCCCAGAGGGGCUACCACCCUCCCAGUGCCUACUAUGCAGUGUCCCAGUUGCGUCUGCAGGGGAGCUGCUUCUGUCAUGGCCACGCUGAUCGCUGUGCCCCCAAGCCUGGGGCCUCUGCAGGCCCCUCCACUGCUGUGCAGGUCCACGAUGUCUGCAUCUGCCAGCACAACACCGCGGGCCCAAAUUGUGAACGCUGUGCGCCCUUCUACAAUAACCGGCCCUGGAGACCUGCGGAGGGCCAGGAAGCCCAUGAAUGUCAAAGGUGCGACUGCAAUGGGCACUCAGAGACAUGUCACUUUGACCCCACCGUGUUUGCCGCCAGCCAGGGGGCAUAUGGAGGUGUGUGUGACAAUUGUCGGGACCACACGGAAGGCAAGAACUGUGAGCGGUGUCAGCUACACUAUUUCCGGAACCGGCGCCCUGGUGCUUCCAUUCAGGAGGCCUGCAUCCCCUGCGAGUGUGAUCCGGAUGGGGCAGUGCCAGGGGUUCCCUGCGACCCAGUGACCGGGCAGUGCGUGUGCAAGGAGCACGUGCAGGGAGAGCGCUGUGACCUAUGCAAGCCGGGCUUCACUGGACUCACCUACGCCAACCCGCAGGGCUGCCACCGCUGUGACUGUAGCAUCCUGGGGUCCCGGAGGGACAUGCCGUGUGACGAGGAGAGUGGGCGCUGCCUGUGUCUGCCCAACGUGGUGGGCUCCAAAUGUGACCAGUGUGGUCCCUACCACUGGAAGCUGGCCAGUGGCCAGGGCUGUGAGCCAUGUGCCUGCGACUUGCACAACUCCCUCAGCCCCCAGUGCAACCAGUUCACAGGGCAGUGCCCCUGUCGGGAAGGCUAUGGUGGCCUGACGUGCAGCGCUGCAGCCAUCCGCCAGUGUCCAGACCGGACCUAUGGAGACGCAGCCGCAGGAUGCCGAGCCUGUGACUGUGACUUCCGGGGAACUGAGGGCCCAGGCUGCGACAAGGCAUCGGGCCGCUGUCUCUGCCGCCCUGGCUUGACCGGGCCCCGCUGUGACCAGUGCCAGCGAGGCUACUGCGACCACUACCCGGUGUGCGUAUCCUGCCACCCUUGCUUCCAGGACUAUGAUGCAACCCUCCGGGAGCAGGCCCUGCGCCUUGGCAGCCUCCGCAAUGCCACUGCCAGCCUGUGGUCAGGGCCGGGGCUGGAGGACCCUGGCCUGGCCUCCCGCUUCCUAGAUGCACAGAAUAAGAUUGAGCAGAUCCGAGCAGUUCUUAGCAGCGCUGCAGUCACAGAGCAGGAGGUGGCUCAGGUGGCCAGUGCCAUCCUCUCCCUCAGGCGAACUCUCCAGGGCCUGCAGCCUGAUCUGCCCCUAGAGGAGGAAACGUUGUCCCUCCUGGGAGACCUAGAGAGUCUGGACAGAAGCUUCAAUGGUCUCCUCUUUAUGUAUCAGAGGAAGAGGGAGCAGUUUGAAAAAAUAAGCAGUGCUGAUCCUUCAGGAGCCUUCCGGAUGCUGACCACAGCCUCCAAGCAGUCAGCCCGGGCUGCUCAGCAGGUCUCCGACAGCUCACGCCUUUUGCACCAGCUCAGGGACAGCCGGAGAGAGGCAGAGAGGCUGCAGCAGCAGGCGGGAGGAGGAGGAGGCGCCGGCGGCCCCCAGCUUGAGGCCCUGAGGCUGGAGAUGUCUUCCUUGCCUAACCUGACACCUACCUUCAACAAGCUCUGUGGCAGUUCCAGGCAGAUGGCUUGCACCCCAGGAUCAUGCCCUGGUGAGCUGUGUCCCCAAAACAAUGGCACAGCCUGUGGCUCCCACUGCAAAGGUGUCCUUCCCAGGGCCAGUGGGGCCUUCUUGACGGCGGGGCAGGUGGCUAAGCAGCUGCAGGUCUUCAAUGCCCAGCUCCAGCAGACCAGGCAGAUGAUCAGGGCAGCCGAGGAAUCUGCCUCACAGAUUCAGUCCACUGCCCAGCGCCUGGAGACCCAGAUGAGCACCAGCCGCUCCCAGAUGGAGGAAGACAUCAGACGCACACGGCUCCUCAUCCAGCAGGUCCGGGAUUUCCUCACAGACCCUGACACUGAUGCAGCCACUAUCCAGGAGGUCAGCGAGGCUGUGCUGGCCCUGUGGCUGCCCACAGACUCGGCUACUGUUCUGCAGAAGAUGAAUGAGAUCCAGGCCAUUGCAGCCAGGCUCCCCAAUGUGGACCUGGUACUCUCCCAGACCAAGCAGGACAUUGCAAGGGCCCGCAGACUGCAGGCCGAGGCCGAAGAAGCCAGGAGCCGAGCCCAUGCAGUGGAGGGCCAGGUGGAGGAUGUGGUUGGGAACCUGCGGCAGGGCACAGUGGCACUGCAGGAGGCGCAGGACACCAUGCAAGGCACCAGCCGCUCCCUUCGGCUUAUCCAGGACAGGGUUGCUGAGGUUCAGCAGGUACUGCGGCCAGCAGAAAAGCUGGUGACAAGCAUGACCAAGCAGCUGGGUGACUUCUGGACACGGAUGGAAGAGCUCCGCCACCAGGCCCGGCAGCAGGGGGCACAGGCAGUCCAGGCCCAGCGGCUUGCGGAAGGUGCCAGCGAGCAGGCAAUGAGUGCCCAGAAGGGAUUUGACAUAAUAAAGCAAAAGUAUGCUAAGCUGAAGGACCGGUUGGGUCGAAGUCCCAUACUGGGUGAGCAGGGUGCCCGGAUCCAGAGUGUGAAGACAGAGGCAGAGGAGCUGUUUGGGGAGACCAUGGAGAUGAUGGACAGGAUGAAAGAAAUGGAGUCGGAGCUGCUGCGAGGCAGUGAAGCCAUCAUGCUGCGCUCAGCAGACCUGACAGGACUGGAGAAGCGUGUGGAGCAGAUCCGUGACCACAUCAACGGGCGCGUGCUCUAUUACGCCACCUGCAAAUGAUGCUACAGCUUCCAGCCCCUUGCCCCACUCAUCUGCCCCCUUUGCUUUUGGUUGAGGGCAGACUGGGUUGGAAUGCUUUACGUCUCCAGGAGACUUUCAUGCAGCCUAAAGCCCCGCCUGGACCACCCUUGGUGUGCAGCUAUUAAGAUUACCCUGGGCUACAGCUGAGCCUAAGCCAAUGGGACGGUUACACUUGACCGACGGAGAUGGUGGCGACUGGGAUGCCACUGUAACUAAAAGCUCUCAAGUUUUAAUUGGGCAGUAUCCCAACUAAAGGAAGAUGGGCUGGGUAGUAUCCCCUGCCUUUAGUUCUUCACUGGGGCAGAAUCCUGGACCAAACACAAAAACUUAACGAAAGUGAUGUGGAAAUGAAAAGCCCAAUAAAAAUCUUUGGAAAAGAGCCUGGAGGUUCAAUGAGGAAAAA